UCUACUUACAUUUUAUGUGGUCAGAUGGAUGCCAUUGCCAUCCAAAUGAGGUUUUAGCGAGGGAUAGUUGUUUCGGAAAUAAUGAACUGCACCAGCCAUUGACUAUCAAUUAAGCAUCGAAAACAACUGAAGUGUCGUCGUGGGGGUGGAACCCAUCGCGGUCAUCCGUUGCCUAGCAACCAGCAUCGAUAAAGCCGCUAUGAGGGGUUGGGGAAGUGCGGGAAUCCCAUCCUAAUCCCAUCCCACACGACAAAGCAAACCAACGACAAGCCAGUUUCUGUUUCUCGUAUCGAGCGAAUGCGUGUAUUGGUGCCGUUGUGCCUCGCAUUUUUCCCGGGGUGUAGCGAAUGAUCGUCGAAAAAAAUGCGGUGCGGUAGGUGACAACGAACGAUAAUACGAACCGAGCGACUCUGACACCACAUCAACCAUGUGCAAAGCCGGCAUGAAACGAAGAUCGCAGAAGGUGGAAAUUCUUCUGGACAUUCAAAGCGUGCGGAGCCCGGACGCCUGGGUACCCUGUAAUGGAGCCAUCUACCUCAGCAUCUGCCUGCUGGGACAGUACAUCCGCACCAAGGACAAGGCGCCCAUCUUCCCCAUCAACUUCAACGAAACGUUCGUCGUCGAAAAGGUGUUUGGUCACGUGUUCCGGCUGGCCGACCUGGACGAUAUGCUGGACGCCGAGGUGGUGUACCUGGAGCUGAUCCAGCGGCCACCGGCGGGACCGGACACCGUGCUGGCCUCGUUCGAGACGUCCGCCCGUGAGCUGCUCUUCCCGCGGGCGGCGACCGCCGACCGGCCGGCACGGGCCGACGCCGACCUCGACCUCAUCAUGGAGCCGACGGCGCACUUCGUGGGCUCGGUCGCCCCACGUUUAGAGGUGGCCACAAAGACCACCGUCAGGGAGGUUCGUACCAGCCUGCCGCCGAGACUGGGUGGCCGCACCGGGACCGCCGCCGCCCGCGCCGCCACCGCCGGCCAAGCUGCCGCCGUGGCCGUGCCCAAGGUGUUGCGCGGCCGUCCGGCCGGCGACCGGCCGCCGUUCCGCUGGCGGCGCCCGGAGACGGGUCUCAUCGGCAGGGAGAUAGGCGACCCGCCGCCGCCGACGCGCCGCCGCCGCCGCAGCCGCAGCGACCCGCCGGCGGGCGCCGGCCGCGGCCGCCACUGUCACUGCUCGUGCUCCGGUCAGCCGGCGGCGGCCCGGCCAGCGCGGAGCACCAGCAGUGCCGAGCGGGCCCCGCCGAGCUCCUCGGGCGGCCGGGCGGUCCGCUCCCGCUCCGUGGAGCCGCUGCCCGUCCAGGUGGACGAGGGAGCGCCGCCACGCGCCGGCUGGUGCGCACACUGCCAGACCCACCACAUCAUCCACCAUUGUUCGGUGUGCGAGGCGUACCAGCGGUACUUCGGACGCGGCUACCCGGGCCACUACCACCACGACUGCUGCGACUGCCGCUGUCCGGUGACUACUGACGGCGUGCGCCAUGUGUGCGGAAAGCCGCGGUCGGGCGGCAGCGACGGCACAGACUCCGAGGUCAUGUCUCAGGACAGCGGCCACCUGGCUCAGGAGUGGCAGGACAUUGUGCGCGCCUCGCCGCAGCAGCGCACUCAAAGACACCGGUUCUAUGACGAGCUCGAGGAUGUCUAUCGGAGAAUGUACGCCAGCGCCGCGCGCCGCGCCGUCAGGGGUCUCGUCAGCUGAGAACCGUCAGGGGUCUCGUCAGCUGAGAGCUGUCAGGAGUCUCAUCAGCUGAGAACCGUCAGGGGUCUCGUCAGCUGAGAACCGUCAGGGGUCUCGUCAUCAGCUGGGAACCGUCAGGGGUCUCGUCAGCUCUGAGAACCGCCGGGGGUCCCAUCAGCUGGGAGCUGUCAGGGGUCUCACCAACUGAGAGCCGCCGAGGGUCCCAUCAGCUGAGAAGCGUGGGGACUGGGGAGGGACCUUAUCAGCAGAGCACGACGGGACGGGACAAGUGUAGGUGCUGUGGAGACGUCCCGAAUCACCGGGAAACCGACGACGGAACGGUGUGGACCGGGGAGGAGCGUUGGUAGGACGAUGCUGGCACGAUAGUUGUUGAAUGGGUGAUGGCAGAUGUUGUUUUAGCGCUUGACGAAUCGAGAGAUUGUUCCGAGCAACGAAACGAAGUUUAUGUUGACAGGUUGUUUAUUAUAUAUAGGCGACUGGAUCGCUGAUCAGUGAUCAUCUGCCGCAAUACCUACCAAUCCUGCAAUGAUGUUUUUGUUACAAAGUGAUUUUUAUUAUAUAUAUUGAAACGCUAUUUCUGAGAUUUUAGGGAAACAUUUCUGUCUGAAAACUGUACAAUGUAUUCGUUAAUGUCAAUAAAUAUGGUUGUGCGUCCGAACA